UAUCUUUUCAAUCAAGCAUAAUCGUUAUACUUGCAAUACUACCAUUUUUUCAAAACAAUGCAUGACUAUUUUGCCCCAGAGAUUCCUAUAAAUACUGCUGGAAGUUCGGCAAACCCCUCUUUACUCUCGGACUCUGAACUUGGCCGCAAUAAGAUUCAACUUACAUCCAAAAUGGCUGAAAUUGACUGGGCAAAAGUUAAUGCUAAACUUCCAACUGGAAAAUCAGAUGAGGAUAAAGCAAGAAGAAAGAAAAUGUUUCAGGAAUUUGACAACGGCAAUGGUGUUUUAUCUUUAGCUGAAGUUGAUAAAGCUAUCAGAGAUGUGCUUCAACUUGAUGCUGUAUUCGAUGCCAAGCCAGCAAUUAUAAGAGCCUUUCAAAUUGCUAAAGACAGUCAAAAGUCCAGCAAAUCUGUUGGAGAUGAUUAUAUUGAACGUAAAGAGUUCAAAUUUUUCUUGUUGUCGCUACGUCAAUAUUUUGAGUACUUUGUAGCAUUUACUCGUGUUGACAAAGAUUCUGACAAACGUAUAGAGCUUGCUGAAUUCAAGAAUGCUCAAAGUACUAUUGAACAAUGGGUAGGAAAAAUAGAUGCAGAGGAAGAAUUCAAAAAAAUAGACACAAACGGUGGUGGCUUUAUUUUAUUUGAUGAAUUUUGCAAAUGGGCAAUUACAAAGAAUCUUGAUUUAGAAGAUGAUGAAGAUUAAGAAAACACUUAUAUAUAUUUUGCAUGCAUAUCAUAUAUUUUUAUUUGCACUUUUCUUUAAUUAUAAUUUCACUCUACAUUUGUAUUACGUUUAUUUAAAAGAAACUCUGCAUCUUGGAAA